AUCCAAGAAGAACUCACUUCCGGUAAAAUUGCAACAAGCACCUACAAUUUCGCAUCGGUUUUUUCUGUCAGUUCACAAAGCCUGGAUCAUCUGAUAAUUAACAAAUAUUUUAUUUUUUAUUUUAAGUGCUAAAGAUAGAAAAUGAGUGACUCUGAAAAUGAAGAGGAAUCAGUGGUAAAGAGGCACAAAAAAGAAAAGAAGGAAUUGCAGGCUAAAAUACAACAGUUGAAACAUAGUGUGUCAAAAGGAGAUAAAAAGAAGAAGAAAGAAAUUACAGAACAGAUAACAAAGUUGGAGAGUGAACUAAAUGACAAACAUGCAACACAGCUAAAAGAAUUAAAAGACAAAUCAACACAGGAGGUAACAGACAGACUUAGUUCUCUGGAAACAAAUGAUACCGAGGUUGACAAGAAAACUGGUGACGGUGAUGUAGAAACCCAAGAGGACUCAAAAGAAAAGAAAGUAUCGAAGGCUAUGAAAAGACGAGAGAAACAAGCGACAAAAAAUAAGGAGAGAGAGGAAAGAAUCAAAGAACAGGAACUGUUAAAUUUAACUGGUGCAAGACAUAUAGAAUUUGAAAGAAUCAAAUCAUUAUUAAAAACUAAAAAUUUGCAAAUAUUUGAGAUACCAUCUGAUGGAAAUUGUUUAUAUACUGCUAUUAGUCACCAAGUUCCAAAUGAAACUUAUGAAACUCUUAGAAGGAAGACAGCACAGUAUAUGAGAGAGAAUCCAGAUGAAUUCCUACCAUUUCUUACCAAGGAAAAUGGUGAUUCUUACAAUGAAGACGACUUUGAAACAUUUCUACAGAAAACUGCUGAGACAGCAGAAUGGGGAGGUCAGUUAGAGGUCAAGGCUAUGUCAAGUGCAUUACACCAUCCUAUAGAAAUAAUUCAAGGUGAAGGCCCACAAAUCAAAAUAGGAGAAGAAUUUGGUGCAGAAUCAUUAACAGUUUGCUAUCAUAGACAUGCAUUUGGACUAGGUGAACAUUAUAAUUCAGUUGAAACUUAUGUACCUGAAGAAGAAGCAUUUUCAUGAUAAUAAUUGUAAUUAUAGGUAUUCUUACUAUUCAGAACAACCAGAAGGCAAUUGCAAUAAGUAAUGAAUUUUAGUCUUAAACUGUCAUUUUGAUCUUAACAUCAUCUGAAAAGUCUGAAACUAAAAAUUGUUAAGUAUUGUUGAGCAAUAUUUUUCAGAUAUUUUCUUGUUGUGAAUUCAGUCCCUUUUAAGAAAAUUCAGUGUGUUGUUUCUUUGUUCAGGUAAGUACCGGCUACUGAAUGUAGACUGAAAAGAUCUUACUGUAAGCAAAUUGUAUUUGAUUUUCUGCAGUGGAUAAGUCUGAAAAUAAAUUUACUGAAAGACUGAAUAUGCCUUAAAAACAUAUUGUUCAAUAUUUUAAGAGCUGUUUAGUUCAAAAUGACUGUUUCAGUUCAAAAUGUGUUUACUAGACAUAGAAAUUACCAGUAUGAUGCAUAUCCUUUCUACAUUAUGCAUGAAUGAGUUCAAAUGUAUAUCUACUCAAUUAAGAUAGAUAGGGGUCAAAAUUAAAAUCCAUGGAAUUUUUUAAUAAUUUCAUUUGCCAAAAUGUAAAUUUAUCAUGGCUUUCUCAAUAUAUUAUAAAAAGUAUUGGUCACAGGGCUUUUUUUCAAGCUACAGGUUGUGCUAAAUUGUCAGAUUUUAAACACAAUUUUGUGUGAUAAAAAGAAAACUACACCAUAGAAUUUUAAGAUAAGAUAUGAGAAGAUAGCUCUUAUUUAGGUGUAAUACCACCAAAUCUUAGUAUGUCACUUCCAGUUUCAUAAGAAGAAGGGUAGAAAAAAAUAUUCAAUUGAUUUUGACAGUUGUAGGAAAUUAACCCUGCAUUUCAUUGCAGAAAAAAUUUUCUGAGUCGUAAACAUACAUCUUCGGUGUUUCAAAGCACCAUUCUUUUUUUAUUUGUUGUUUCUAUAAAAUAUUUUGGAAACUUCAUGUGACAUGGUUACUAAAGCUUGUUAAUAGGAAAAAUAGGGGUGAAAAGUUUAUUGGUUUACUUCCGGUGAUGGUUAUUAUCUUAUAUACAAUGAAAUGUUAUGUGAAAUUUUCACUGUAGUACUGGACAGGAUAAAACUUUCCUCAUGCCAAGUAUUUCUUUAUUUGAAACAAAGGUAAAUUCUGCACAAUUUUUGAAAAGUGCCAAUUUAACAAAGACUAAUAGGGGGAAAUCAAUGGUGGUAUUACUCCUAUAAUGGGCUUUCAAAAUGUAAACAUGCACAAAACAUUUAAAAUUUUGUAUUUGUAUGGUAGAGCUGAAAAGGUUAAAUGGAUGGGUUAAAUCUUCUAGCAGUAUUAUUGUGAUUUUUUUGUGUGCAUGUUUGAACAUUAGAAUGUAUUGUAUUUUUUACAAUUUUUAUACUGAAUUCAUUUACAUGUAUAGUUGAUAUGAUGAUAUCUCUUUAUUGUUGAAUUAGUAUUUUUAAAAUUUAGAUACAAUUUAAAGCAAAAAGUUACAAAAUGAUAAACAGGAUAUUAAUAUGGUUAUUUUUAUGAAGAUAGUUGUAAUAUAUGUACCUGGUAUGCAUUUGUACAGGUAGACUGUGAUAUGUCAAAGGGACCUAACAUUACUAUUUGACUGAUCAGAAGUUUCGAGUUCCUUGAUGUUUCACCUUUCAAAAUUGGACAGUGUAUUGUCAAUCUGACAUGUUAGAGUUGAAGAUGUAUUUUAUAUUACAAUCCAUCUGUAUCAAUAGCUUUAUAAAAUAAAUUUAUUUCAUUAA